AUGGAUAAGGUCUCUCCAGAACUACUGCACGACAUUUGUGCAUGUCUGAAAAUCGAAGAUGUCCUGGCCUUUCGUCUCGUUUGCAAGGUCUUUGCCGAUGUUGGCGCCGCCUACAUGCUGCCCGAAGUCUCAUUCUACAUGCUUCAGGCCGAGUUCGCCCGCCUCAGGGCAAUCGCGGACCAUCCCAUCAUCUCCAAGCACGUCCGCUCAUUGACCUACUUCGCGGAGGUUCUGGAUAUCGAAAAGAUCACAUUUCCCGCCUACGUCCGUGGGCACACCCGUGAACAAGCCGCGGCGAGAAGCUGGAAUGGUUUCUUCAAACCUACCCCCAAGCUUGAUAGCGCUGAUCUCCCAAAGCUGCGCAGCGACUACCAGACCUACGAGCUUACAAUGAAGCAACAACAGGAGAUUAUUGAUCAUGCAUACGAUGUGGAAUGUCUCAAGGAGGUCAUUCCCAAGUUCUCAAGCCUACGACAGGCCUCCGUGUCGUCGACAGGAGCCUUUUAUGACGAUAACACAAAGUCAAGAACGUGGGACGCAACAAGACCACUCGAACUUUGCAAGUCUCGCAAGUCACCAUUCGAAAGCAUACCGCUUUCGUCGGGCAACUCGCUCCUGCCCGAGGGCAAAAGGCAUCUAAAUGGUCUGAUUGCCGGUCUCGUGGCCACCAAGACUCAGCUCGAGGGCUUCAGGGCGGGUGUUCUGGAUUGGUCAUAUUUCAAAGACUUUCUUGAGAUUCCUGAUGGCCUCUCACAUACCUUCAAGUACUUGAAGAGGCUUGAGCUUUUCCUGGAUACCGACCCUGGACAAGACAGCCGGGGUAUUACACGCUGUCGCAAGGCUUUGAGGAGCGGCAUUCUCAAGCAAAUCAUCAAGCCACUGCAGCAACUAGAAGUAUUAAUGAUAACCCUGUAUCCGGUGGAAUGGACUUCAGACGAAUGGCCGGCUUCUCUUGGGGACAUUAUUGCACCUGGCCACACAUGGCCUGCGCUCCGCGUAGUGUCCCUCGGCGGUAUCAAAACCAAUCGACACGACUUGAUCAAGUUCCUAGAGCUGCACAAGGAUACGCUGAAGAAGCUGUGUAUGCGUGAUUUGGGUCUGGGCGAAACCUCAUGGUGGAAGCUCCUGCCGGACUUGCGGAACAAGCUGGAAUUGUCAGACGUCUGCAUCUGCGGCGACAUUAUUGGAAAGUCCGAGGGCGAUGCAGAUGGAGUCCCCGAUGAGUUCUGGGAUCUGGCCACCGAGGAGGACUAUCCCCACCAUAAGCAGCGCGCAUCCAUCAACGCCUAUUGUCUUGGCCCCAAACAUUAUCCAGAUAAUGUGCCAUUAUCAAAGGAAGUUGUCCGCGAACACUACGAAGAGUACAUAAAUGACCCGGAGGCAUCCUGCGACGAAGAUGAUUUUGACGAUGACGAUGAAGUGUACUUUGACGGCCCUUAUGCUGAAGACUAUCUUGACUUUUACGGCGAUGAGGACUUUCUCGGCGGCUUCGAUGAUGAAGAAGACAUGGAUUUGGUCUCUCAAAUGCUCUUUGCUGGUGCUGGGGGAGCCAUGUUUGGCUUUGGAGCGCCCGUCGGUUUUGACGAUGAAGAGGAGGAGGGAGAUGAAGAGGACGAAGAGGACGAAGAUGAUGACGAAAUUCCCGAUCUUAUUGAUCCCGAUUCUUAA